ACAUAAAGAGGUGGGGCUGAAUGUUCUAAGGCUACAAUUAAAAACUGUGGUCUACUAAAUAAGUCUAUUUGAAAAACUUGUUCUUAUAAAAAAUACAAAUCUACACUUCAGAUUCAAUGGAACAUGUGAGAGAUCCAAAUUCAGUGGUGGAUUCUUAAUUGCUUGCUUUCUAGAUCUACACAUUAAAGCUCGGUCGUUGAAGAUUUGAUCGUUUCCGGAUCUUGAACUUCAAGAACAGAGCAAGUAUCUUUCUUUAUUUAAGAGAGUUGGUGUUCUCUCUAGCAUUCAAUCUAAGAUGUUUGGUGGAAAAAGUUACAUACUCAAAGGGAGUGUAUCACUUGCCUUGAUUAUCCUCAUUCUUUUGGUGAUAACACUCCCGGUUACCGAGAAAAACCCGCCUCGCAUUUCUCUGAUUGAAGUAAAAAAAUGUAACGUGGCAAAGGGGAAAUGGGUUGAAGAUAGGAAGCGACCAUUGUAUUCUGGUUUUGAAUGUAAACAAUGGCUAUCAACCAUAUUUUCCUGCAGGGUAAUGGGCAGACCCGAUUUCUCAUUUGAGGCUUACGGGUGGCAGCCAGAAGGUUGCAACAUUCCAGAGUUUGACAGAGUCAAUUUCUUGAGAAGAAUGCAGAACAAGACGAUAGCAUUUAUAGGAGACUCCUUGGGACGGCAACAGUUUGAAUCCCUGAUGUGUAUGGCCACUGGAGGUAAAGAGAGGCCAGAGGUUCAAAACGUGGGAUGGGAGUACGGUCUGGUGAAACCUAAAGGAGCUCCUCGUCCUGAUGGUUGGGCUUAUAGGUUCCCGACCACAAACACAACGAUUUUGUUUUAUUGGUCGUCUACUUUAACAGAUUUGGUACCGAUGAACAACACAAAUCCACCUCAUCUUGUUGCAAUGCAUCUGGACCGUCCACCAGCAUUCAUAAAAAACUACCUUCACCGUUUCCAUGUAUUGAUUCUAAACACCGGUCACCAUUGGAGCAGAGGUGAGAUCGAAGAACAUCAUUGGGUGAUGCACGUAAAUGGAACACGGGUUCAAGGCGGAUAUCUCAAGGAGGUCGGAAACGCUAAAGAUUUUACAAUACACAGACUCGUGAAGUGGCUUGAUGCGCAAAUUCCAUUGCAUCCGCGGUUGAAAGCUUUCUUUACGACGAUUUCCCCAAGGCAUGGAAAAUGUAAUAAUACGGUCCCUUUGUCUAGAGGAAGCAAAAUAACAGGCCAUGUUGGAUCUAUGGAUACAAUAGUCGAGAGUGCUGUGAAUGGGACAAAGGUCAAGAUUCUUGACAUAACUGCACUUUCUGAGCUAAGAGAUGAAGCUCAUAUUGCAGGGUCUAAACUCAAACCGAAAAAGGUGAGUAACGUGACUUCUACUCCAACGAUCAACGAUUGCUUGCAUUGGUGCUUACCCGGGAUCCCGGAUACUUGGAAUGAACUUCUCAUAGCCCAGCUUUGAAGUAUUCAUUUCAACAUCAUCGCACACAAGUAGUUCGAUGGUUUGAUUCUUUGUUAUAAUAAGGUUUUUUUCUUACAUUCUUUUUGGGAGAAAAACAAAGGCUCUAGUUGAGUUUGUUUGUUGUUUAUUUUUCAUUAGUGGCUAUCGAACAUGUUCUACAUUAGCGCUUACUGCGGUUGCGAUUUCUGCUAUCCGCGUUUGAUAAGUCUGCAUUCUUUUUUUUUUUUU